AUGGGUGCCGCGAGUCCCGAAUCCAAGACGGCGGGUGAGCCAGACGCUCCCUCGGUGGUCGAAUCAUCCCAGCUGCAGACCCGCCGGUCGAUCUUUCGGUCGAUUCCCUUCCAGAUUGCCAUUGCCAGCGGUGUAUCCUUCACGGCUCCGGGCAUGUGGGAUGCCUUGAACAAUCUGGGUGCGGGUGGUGCUGCAGAGCCGUACGCGGUGUCGGCGGCGAAUGCGCUGGUCUACGGUCUCUUUGCCAUCGUGUGCGUGGCGGCGGGAGCGAUCAACAAUCGUAUUGGUCUGCGUUAUGGAUUGACCUUGGGUGCCAUCGGCUAUCCCAUCUACGGUGCCGGUCUGUACACCAACAACUACUCGGCCAAUACAUGGUUCAUGCUCUUUGGAAGCGCCUUGUGUGGUAUCUCGGCUGGUUUCUUCUGGGCUGCCGAAGCAGCCAUCAUCAUCGGAUACCCUAGCCCUCAUGAGCGAGCCUUCUACCUGGCAAUUUGGCAAACUGCCAAAGCUGCCGGUCCCAUCGUCGGAGGUGCCAUCAACCUGGGCCUCAAUGCACAGACGUCCAGCAAGGGCUCCAUCAGCUCCAGCACGUACAUUGUCUUCAUUGUCAUCAUGUGUCUGGGCUUCCCAAUUGCCCUUCUUCUGAGUCCCGCCGAGAAGGUCCAGCGCAAGGACCGAACCCUUGUUCUCGUUCACAAGCAGCCCACCUGGGCUGCCGAAUUCAAGGCGGCCGUCUCACUGCUGGCCACGCGUCGCAUUCUCCUCCUCCUCCCAUCCUUCUUCAUCAGCUACUUCUACAACGGUUUCCUCAGCACCUGGCUCACAACCUACUUCACCGUGCGCGCGCGUGCUUUCUCCUCCUUCUUCACCAACUUUGCCGGUAUCGCCUCCUCGUUCCUCAUCGCGGGGCUUCUCGAUCGCCAAGGCAUCCACAUCAAGACCCGUGCCAAGAUCGCAUUCGUCGCCAUCGUCACCAUUCUGACCGGCACAUGGAUCUGGGCCUCCAUCCUCCAAAAUCAAUUCUAUAAUGCUCCCGAAUCUCCCGUCUUUGACUGGUUCACCGGUGGAUUCGGCAAAUCCUACGCCCUCGUCUUCUUCUGGACCUUUGGUGGCCAGGCCUUUCAACAAUUCUUGUACUGGCUCAUCGGUCAAUACACCACCGAUCUCUCCUCGCUGUCCUACCACUGCGGUAUCCUGCGAGGCUUCGAAGCCUUGGGCCAGACCGUCGCCUGGGCCAUGCAGUCGGAAGGUGGUGCAAACCACUUUGUCAGCAUUGGACUCAACUUUGGCAUUACCCUGAUCGCCAUCAUUCCCACCUGGAUCGUCCUGUCGGAACUCGAGCACAGUCACGAGGUGCGAGUGACGGCCGACGAAGCCGGUGGCCAGAAGACUACUGGUGAGGGCCAGACGGAGACGGCGACGGCUGUUUAA